CCGACGCCAACGGUGGCCAACGGUCUGCGAUGCUCGCUGUGUCUACUCUCUACACAUUAAACGCAAGAUUUGGAUUUAUUUCUCACGAGACGAUCCUGAAUUUCGAUAAUCGGCGCAAAACUAGGAGGUGGGUCCGCUGAGUCUCGCGAUGGUCUACAAUCGGAAGGAUCUAUCUAGGUCAUUCUCGCCGAGUAAAAUCAAGAAAUCCGUUAAGAGACGAAUGUCAGGAGACUCCGGAACCCUGAAGCCUAGUACCAGCGGCAGCACGAUGACAGCGCACGAGACGGGCUCUCAGAACAUCAAAGUCAUUGUGAGGGUCCGCCCUGACAAUGAGCGCGAGAUGCAGGACAAUUACAGGACAGUCAUUAACGUAGUCGACGACAAGAUGUUAAUAUUCGACCCUAAGGAGGAGCAGAAUCCAUUUUUUUACAGAGGCGUCGAGCAGAAAGGGCGAAAUCUCUUGAAGAAGCAAAACAAGGAACUCCAGUUUAUCUUCAAUCGAGUCUUCGACCAAACUUGUACGAACGAAGAUGUAUUCCGAGGGACUACGAAGGAUAUCAUCGGGAGUUUACUGGAGGGUUAUAAUUGCUCCGUCUUUGCGUACGGAGCGACAGGAGCCGGGAAAACUCACACGAUGCUAGGGAAAGAAAUAGAUCCUGGUAUAACGUACCGCACCGUUGCUGAAUUGUUCAUCCAGAUCGAAGCGCAGAGUGAACAGAGAGACUUUAAUCUCGGAGUGACGUAUCUGGAAGUGUAUAACGAGAACGUUCAAGAUUUGCUCCAUAAAACUGGGCCGCUACAUAUAAGAGACGAUGGCAGAUGCGGAAUCAUCGUAUCAAAUCUUAAGGUUAUUCCAAUCCAGAAUGCCGAAGAGUUACUUUCACUGUUAGCGAAGGGGAAUAGGAAUCGCACUCAACAUCCAACGGACGCUAACAAGGAGAGCAGCCGCAGCCAUGCAGUUUUUCAAGUCUUCAUCAACAUUAAGAACAAACUGGACGGCCAAGUGAAACAUGUAAAAUUAUCCAUGAUCGAUUUGGCAGGGUCGGAGCGAGCUGCUGCGACAGGCUGCAAAGGCGAUCGCUUCAAAGAAGGCGCAAACAUCAACAAAUCUCUCCUGGCUUUAGGAAACUGCAUUAACAAAUUAGCAGACGGCACUAAACACAUACCGUACAGAGACUCGAAGUUAACUAGGCUGCUGAAAGACUCUCUGGGUGGAAACUGCCAAACCGUAAUGAUUGCUAACGUAGGGCCUUCGAGCUGCAGCUACGAAGACACUUACAACACUCUUCGGUAUGCAGACAGAGCGAAGAAGAUCAAGACGAACGUUAAAAAGAACAUCGUCUCCUGCCAGAUGCACGUCACUGGAUAUAUUAAGAUGGUCGAGGAACAGAAAAAGGAGAUAUACAUUCUCAAGCAGAAAUUGUUAGCAAUGGAGGGUGGGCAAGGAGGGUCUCCUCCGUCAAGCGAUGAAAGACCUAUGGAAGAACUGGACGAUAACCUAGUAGAGAUGAACGGUCGACUGCAGGAGCUGUUCGACAAGAAGAAGGCAUUGAACGAGAAGAUGUUAUCCCUCGAGAGUGCUGACAAAAUGUUCUGUUGUAGAAUCCAGUACAAAAAGGCUGCCGAUGAGAGGCUGUACAACUUGACCGAUGACGAGUCGGAGGAGGAGAAGAACGCCAGUGGAAAGUUGCGGCUUAGUAAAUCGAUGCAUCACUUUAAACGCCAAAGAGACGCUAUCAGGAUCCAGAUGGAGGCCGUCUGGGAGGAGCUGAGGACCGUUGAGACAGACCUUCAGGCUCUAUACUCCGAGAUCGAGGCUAAAGGACUCGCUAACAAGCUUGAAAGGACUAUUGCGCUGCAUAACUCCGUCAUCGAAUGUUCCAGAGAACGACUCUACAGGGAACAUGCCAAGAAGUUGAACAAUCUCCAACAGUGUGAAUUACAAUCGCUCUCUACUAUGGUGAAGACGUUGUCCGCAGCGCUGCAGAAACAGUGCAACAUGAGGGGAGUCUUCGGAAACAUGACGGAUAAAAUGAAGGAAGAGUUUCAGAAGGUGGUUAAGUCGUUGGAGGGUGUGCGAAACAUUAGGUGGCUCGACUCGAACUCAUCGGACGAUCAAGGAGACUUUUAUAAACUGAAUUGUUUAAGUAUCGAGAGACUUAUGGAACCGUUGGUUAAUGAAAUGCCAGCGUUAAUGUCACUCUCCGACGACGAAGACCAGAACUCCCAGGAGAAGCUCGGUGGUACAAGUGAUACUCCAGUUGGAACUGGAAAUGCCCUUCUUCCGAGUACUCUAUCAACUCGCACCAAAGAUCCCGAUACGACCAUUACUCUACACGACAAGCCUGUCGAGUCAUCGAUGAUGGAACAAUCAGCAAUUGCCGGCUGCUCUACGUCUGGCGAACUCAAUAGUACGUUUAACGUGGAGGAGACAAAAGUUAAGAAACGAGCCUUGGAGGACAAUAGUCAAUCCGCUACGAGGCCACCUGCGAGUAAGGUAUUAAAAAGGGCUCCAACUUUCAAGGUCAAGACCAAACCUACUGCUGGAGCAAUUGGAAAGGAAAAUAACAACUCCCGGAAAGUAGCUUCGGUUAUGAGUGCGAAAAGUAUCGCCAUUUUGAAUAAAUUGAAGAGCGACAAGGCGAAGCUCCCCGACCCUGUCGAGUUCAUAGCGCCAACUCCUACGGUGCCAUUAGUAGACGCGAAUCUCAAAGUUGUUAGAAAUAAAGAGCGGCGUGGCAUUGGGACCACUCAUCCUUAUCACAAGCAAAAUCCCAAGCCGAAAUAAGUUUCGCAGUGAUAUAAUUAGGAUUAGUGUCGGAUCUGGUAUGACAUUUAGAUCGAUGUGUAUUUUAAAUGCGCAGAGUGCUCUGAAAAGGAAUUAGAGUAGAGCGAGUGAUGUUCAAAUUAAAUUAAGCUAACGGAGACAAGAAAUGCCGAUCGAACGAUGGUUACGGAGAUCAAAGUGUCUCCUUAUAUUGUUAUAAGCGAUUAAAUGAAUAUGUAAAGUGCAAAGCAUUUCUCGGAGAAUCGAUCUCUUAACGUACGGAUUUAAUUAUUUAGUAGUGCUUUUGCUUUUCGUUCCGACACUGAUUCCAAAUUAUCAGUUUUUAUCGGUCAUAGCGCUUUAUUCUGACUACUAUAAGUAAGCCAGGUUGUAAAUAACACAAACUUAUGUCAUAGCAUUCGUGUUGCUACUGUCAAAUCGAAAGACUGGUUAGGACCCUGCGGUGCAAAAUUAAACUCCCGGACGGAGGGGUCUACUCCUUCGGAACAUUUUAAAAAUCGAGAAGUUCAAAGUUGACAAUACCAUACACAUUUUAAAUAUAUAACUAAUAUAUACAGAAUAAAGAAAAGGUCUGUACAUCCA